UGGCGGACGGAGACCUAUCACUACUCACCUCACUGGCCACGAUACCGCCGUAGCCCGGCUCGCUUCACCCCUCCGCCUCCCGGGCGCGGCGAACGGGUUGGGGGGGAGGCCUGGCGCCCCUCCGCUGGGCAGUGGUUGGAGGCCGCGACGGCUGCGCAUUCUGGCCGGCCUUUUCAAAGUACAGGCACAAUGCUGAAAAGAAUGACAAGACUUAUCUCCAGGGUCCAUAAGUUGGACCCUGGACAUAAUUUGCACAUGAGGACCCAGGCACCCCAAAACCUUGCUGCUCACCCAGAUAGCCAGGUUUCAGCUGAAAAUCCCAGACCUAUUUCCCGCACCAGUGAAAAUGACCCGGCCAAGCAUGAGGAGCAGCAUGAGGGCCAGCACUACAGCCUUCCCCUCCAGGACGUGAAGACUGUACUCCCCCACGGCCUGCCUCCUCGAUUUGUGAUGCAGAUGAAGACAUUCAAUGAAGCUUGCCUGAUGGUCAGGAAACCAGCCCUAGAGCUUUUGCAUCACCUGAAAAACACCAAUUUUGAUCAUCCAGCUGUACGAUAUGUUCUCUAUGGGGAGAAGGGAACAGGAAAAACCCUCAGUCUUUGCCAUAUUAUUCAUUUCUGUGCAAAACAGGACUGGCUGAUCCUGCAUAUUCCAGAUGGUCAUCUUUGGGUGAAGAACUGUCAGGAUCUUUUGCAGUCCACCUACAACAAACAACGCUUUGAUCAACCUUUAGAGGCUUCAGUCUGGCUGAAGAAUUUCAAAACUGUAAAUGAACGUUUCUUGAGUCAGAUAAAAACUCAAGAGAAGUAUGUCUGGAAUAAGCGAGAAAGCACUGAGAAAGGCAGCCUUCUGGGAGAAGUAAUCGAACAGGGCAUAACACGGGUGAGGAACGCCACAGAUGCCGUCGGGAUUGUGCUCAAAGAGCUAAAGAGGCAAAGCUCUCUGGGUAUUUUUCACCUCCUGGUGGCAGUGGAUGGAGUCAAUGCUCUCUGGGGGAGGACCACACUGGAAAGAGAAGAUAAAAGCCCAAUCGCGCCAGAGGAACUAGCACUUAUUUACAACUUGAGGAAAAUGGUGAAAAAUGAUUGGAGCGGAGGUGCCAUCGUGCUGACUCUGAGCCAGACUGGGUCCCUUUUUAAACCCCGGAAAGCCUUUUUGCCCCAGGAGCUGCUAGGAAAGGAAGGAUUUGAUGCCCUUGACCCUUUUAUUCCUAUCCUGGUUUCCAACUAUAAUCCAAAAGAAUUUGAAAGUUGUAUUCAGUAUUAUUUGGAAAACAAUUGGCUCCAACAUGAGAAAGCUUACACGGAAGAAGGGAAAAAGGAACUGCUGUUCCUAAGUAAUGCGAAUCCUGGGCAGCUGGAGCGGCUGUGUGCCUACCUCUAAGCCGAAGUCACAACACAGGUGGAAGACAAUGGGAAUUCCCUUUAAGAGACCCAGUCCAACAGGGAGUUCCACAACACAUGUGAAGAGCCCGUGGGGCUGAACAGGACUGCAGUCGGCUCCCACCCUGUGCUAAAAUUGCUUCCUUCUAACAUGACUAUAUUGGGAAUGAGACAUCCUCUUGUUCCUGAAAUUAAUGUCAGUUUAUUAUAUGUGGUUUUCACAUUUUAAUUAACCAUGAAUCCUUUCCCUAUAAUUAAAUUAAGUUUCUUUCUUAAAAUGCUGUGUUAGAUUUAUAAGAGGAAAGAGUCUUCAGAUUGGCCAAAUUGAAUUUCUCUGGCAUUCUGCUUCUUGGGUAUGUAAAGAGACUAAAGUCCACAGAAAUUUCCAGUAGUGCUAUUUUCCAGACUUUAUUCAGUUCAGGAGCAUGACAUUCACAGCUUAACUUCGCCCUCCCAAACUCUUCCCAUUCACUUCCUGUUAACACUUUUGUCAGCCUUCUCUGUGAACCUUCCUGAAACCCCACCAGAAUCUGGCAGCUCUGUCUGGUACAGCCCCUUCAUACAUGUUUCUGAAAGAAUUAAGUAAUAAACUCCUACAGUGUGCAUUGUG